GCCCUCAUGACGUGCAACCAUUUCCAACUCAUUAUGCAAUGCCUGCCCUUCACAAACAAUGAAGCCGAUAGCCAGGAUGGUCGUCUGAUAAAGAAACAUCUGUGAAGUGAAGACCUGGCGAAGUGCAGUGGCAUGCCAGCCUUGCUGGAGGAGUCCGUAAGUGCAAAUCGCCUGCGUGGGCUUGGUCACCUCACAAGGAUGGACGACACCAGGUUGCCAAAGCAGAUCCUGUUUGUGGAGGGCACCGUCACGGGGCUCCGCCAUGGACCCAAGCAUCGUUGGAGAGAUGUGGAAGUUUCAGACCUGCGUGCGACCGGCAUCCCGGAGCCGCAAUGGUACCAUCUUGCUCUAGACCGAAGGGAUUGGCGUGAGCUUAGCGGUCAGAAGCCACCAAGCCAGACCCAACCAAAUUGUUCGUCUGUGUCUGCGGCCGCGAUUUUCGCCUUCCGAAUGAUUUAUCCCAACACAAGAACUGUUGCCUCGUCUAAUAGCUGUCAUCGCCUUCGGCGAUGGGCUUUCCAAAGUUGUACGUGUGUGCGUGUGUGUAUGUGUGUGUGUGUGUGUGUGUGUGUGCGUGUGUGUGUGUGUGUGUGUGUGUGUGUGUGUGUGUGUGUGUGUGUGUGUGUGUGUGUGUGCAUGGAGACGUGUCUACGCAUUGAUGGUCAGCUGUUGGACCCGCUAGAGGUACGGAAUGACCUGCGCCAGGGCUGCUCCAUGACACCGAUUCUUUUCAACCUGUACAUGGCUGCUGUCUUUCAUACCUGGAAGCAGCGGAUGGAAGGCGUGGAUGGCUUCCGUGUCGAUAUCCGCUGCAACAUCAGUGGUCAGCCAAUGCAGAAGCCUCGUCGCACAGCAGUGUCAGACACCGUAACUGAAUGUCAGUUUGCGGAUGACUCCACACUGUUUGCGACAUCUGGAUCCGGGCUCAAGCUAGCUGCAGUGACAUUCGAUGAAGUCGCCUCCGAGUUUGGACUGACAGUCUCUCCAAGACCAAGUUCAUGGUGAUCGGCAGAGACAUUUCUGAUGCGGACCUCGCCCCUGUUUGUGUUGGUUCGAACCAGAUCGAGUGCAUAACGGAGUUUCGCUACCUUGGGUCGAUCAUCGAUACGUCUGGCCGGUGUUCGAUUUACAUUUCCUCCAGAAUUGCGGCUGCCUCCCGUGCGUUUGGCUCCCUGAGGAAGCCAGUUUCCAGCAACCACCAUCUGUCUGUCCGCACCAAGAAGAACAUCUUCAAUGCGUGCGUUGUCACCAUCCUGCUGUACGGAGCUGAGUGCUGGGUACCCCUCCAAGCCGACAUCCAGAGGCUCUCCAAGUUCUACAUGCAGAGUGUGCGUACCGUUCUUGGCAUAACAAGGUUAGACGCCUGGCAAGAGCGGACUAGCAAUGAUCAGUUGCUGGACACGUGGGGCGACAAGCGCCUACUUGCUGUCCGGAUUCACCAGCGACAACUUGAGUGGCUGGGUCAUGUUGCUCGCAUGCCACCAGAGCGCAUCCCGAAGAUUCUGUUGUUCGGUCUGCUCCCAUCCCGCUGUCCACCUGGCGGUCCACGCAAACGCUGGAAACACUGCAUUAGUGCAGACCUGAAGGCCCUGAAUGCUGUGGAGGGAUGGUACGAUCUGGCAGAUUCUCGCUCCGACUGGCGCCGCAUGUACCGCUGUUUCGAGCCCGAGCCGCCCACACCAAUGUCCAUUGCCAAGUAUGUGAUCGGUACUUCUCUCGCCCAUCAGAUGAGAAGCGUCACAAAUGCUAGGCAGAACGGCAGAAACCGGUGUGUAAUCAGGCUGGCGCUUGCCAAUGUCGUCUCUGCCAACGUUGGUGCUGCAGCCCCGGUGGAUUGGCUACCCAUUGGUGCAAUUACGGACCUGCUCCCAACAUCGAGCACCCCGGCAACCCAGUCACUCUGCAGUGCAGCACCAGUCACCGGAGUUUCAAGUCCAGCAGCGGCUUGGCCAGACACAAGUGCGACCGCACGAAACGAAGGACAGUGUCGGAAAGGGCCGACUUCCCGUUUGAGUGCCCUUGCCAAAGGAACCUCCGACUACGUCACCAUCUAGCUCGCCAUCAGGAAUGCUGCUCCUCAGCCUCUUCCUGAUGGAGACCGUGUAACCUAUCACGGCAACGUGUAUCAAGGUCAAGGUCAAGGUGUGUGUGUGUGUGUGUGUGUGUGUGUGUGUUUGUGUGUGUGUGUGUGUGUGUGUUUGUGUGUGUGUGUUUGUGGGUGUGUGCAGCCAUCCGUGUUGCAACCAGCACUGCGCUACCUGUGAUCGCUGUUUUAAAUCUGCUCCUGGCUUUCGGCGACACAAUUGCAAUCGUGGACGGCGUCAUGGCGGAGCGGCUUCCUAGUGGCAGUGCUGACUUCUCUCGAACUCUCUCUUCUACUCUCCCCUGUCUCGGGUGAGGCGUGGCCAAGCAUUUGGCAGCUGUACAUCAGGCCAGGUGUGUGUGUGUGUGUGUGUGUGUGUGUGUGUGUGUGUGUGUGUGUGUGUGUGCCAAAGCAUUUGGAAGUUGGACUAGUUUCGGCUCCACAAUCCAGUGUGUCGUUACUAUAAUUAUAGCUUUCAUGGCUGAGGUUGUUGGUAUGUCUGUUGGCUCUGGGUUCCCAGUACUCAGUAGCCGAGGCUGGUUGGUAAAGUAACUCCAAUUUCACUUCAAGGUACCAGUGUAUCUAGUGUCUGCUUCUAUCAAAGCAAUGUGCUGUCUAUACUG